CAAUGUUCUAUUUACGUAUGUAGACCACAGAACUAUUGCAGCUCGGGGAACUUACACCUUCAAUUGUUUAAUUGCAACUGCACUCGAAAUGGACUUACGAUUCCUCUCCUCGCAACGAAACCCUUCGAAACCAGCAUUUCCCUUGGCCUUAGAGAUACUGGGUUGUUUAUUUUGAUUUUGAUUGUAAACAGGCACUUCCCGGUAGAGAAGUGAAGUUUACCCGCGCAGUGAGGGUAUCCCAUGGCCAAGGAAGGCGGAGUGGCCGGGCAUCGGCGCCGAUCCGAUCCGCUCCGAUCCGUUGGGUCGCCAAAUCCGGGCAGACGGAGUUUCAGGCAGUCAGUAGCUGGCAAAACGGUCAUCGGAGUGGUUCAAUAUGUAUUACUACACGGCGCACGUGAAGCAAACCUUUACCACACUGGAAGAAUUCCAGGAGGCCUUCAACCUGUUCGACAACCGCGGCGAUGGCAAGAUCCAGCUGAGCCAGGUGGGCGAGUGCCUGAGGGCCCUGGGCCAGAACCCCACCGAGUCGGACGUGAAGAAGUGCACCCACCAGCUGAAGCCCGACGAGCGCAUCUCGUUCGAGGUGUUCCUGCCCAUCUACCAGGCGAUCUCGAAGGCUCGCUCGGGCGACACGGCCGAUGACUUCAUCGAGGGACUGCGUCACUUCGACAAGGACGCCAGCGGGUACAUCUCCUCCGCGGAGCUGCGCCACCUGCUGACCACGCUGGGUGAGAAGCUCACCGACGAGGAGGUGGAGCAGCUGCUGGCCAACAUGGAGGACCAGCAGGGCAACAUCAAUUACGAGGAGUUCGUGCGCAUGGUCAUGAGCGGUUAGGACCAGCCAGGUUCUAGCUGUCCAGCUACCAGCUCCAAGCUGUCCAACUGUCCAGCACCAGCACCAGCAGUAGCACCACGACAAUAGAAGCCACACUAUAUCCAACACAAUACAACACAACAGCAAACACUAAAACACCUGCCAAGCUAGCUGAGCCGUUCAUUCCGCCAAAAGUUCCAACUCCGUGAUUCCAACUUAGCCAUUCUUCCCCCGGAUAAUGCAUUAAACCAAGGACAACGACCAAUAACUAUCGAGAUAUAACAAAUACAGGGGAAAGUGCUUAACGAGCAGCUAAAAACUGAAAAACUUAAAAACUUCGAGAUUGGAGCUAUUCCCACUUCCAAAAUUAACCAUCGAUGUAGACAUAGAUUCAUGAUUAACCAUAACUAAUCACCGCGUCUGUGAAUGUGCGUAUUAUUCUAAAAUGAACACUAGAGAAGAGGAGUUAAUCAGUAGUUAUCACCUAGUGCAGACGUUCUUUUGUACCAAUCACACUCGAUACAUAUAUAUAUAUAUAUUACUAUACUAUACUUCAAUGGAAGACAGCGAGAGUAUCAAGAAAAAGUAUUUCUAAAUUAAAUUUGAUAUGCGUCGGUGGCGCGUGUCCGUAUUUAAAUGCGCAUUUUGAAGUUUUACAUGUUUAUUUUUUUUAAAUAAUUUAAUAUUUGUAUUUAAUAAAUAAUAAAAUGAGAUCCAAUGAAUGUGUAGGUCUUUUUACAAAAGAAACGUACUUAAACUAUUAAACCAAUUGAAACCUUA